AUGAAGGAAAAAGCAGACCUCAACAUGCCUCCUUCGGAGACAACUCCUCUUCUUGUGGUGCAGACUGCUCCCACAAGACACCGUUACCCUCAUCAUACCCUCCGUCGCACAUGCACCGCCAUUCUGUGUCUUGUGCUCCUUGUCGCAGUGACACUUUUCAUCUUACCAAUUAAGCUUGCGUCGCGCGAGGACGGAGCUCCAUGGGUUUACGUUCCAUGGUCCAAGCCAUACCCUCAAUCAUGGCCGCACGGAAACGGUUUGUCCAAUGCAGAGCUGCGCGCACUUUUACAGGACACGCCUACAGCAGAGAAGAUUGAAGAAUGGAGUAAAUAUUAUACAUCUGGUCCACACUUGGCUGGCCGUAAUUUCUCGCAGGUGCUCUGGACGCAGGAAAAGUGGAAGGAGUUUGGUAUCGAGGAUACAACAAUUGCCACCUACGAUGUUUUCAUUAAUUAUCCGCUUGAACAUCGCCUUGCGCUUCUGCACAAGCAGGGCGAUGAUGACUAUGACGUCGCCUACGAGGCAAUUCUAGAGGAGGAUGUCUUGGACGAGGAUAGUACAAGUGGUUUGCCAGACCGCAUCCCAACGUUCCAUGGCUACUCGGCUACUGGCAAUGUCACUGCGCCAUUCGUAUAUGCAAACUUUGGUACACAUCAAGACUAUCAAGAUCUGGUCGAUGCAGGUAUUUCUGUCGAAGGCAAAAUUGUGAUUGUCAAGUACGGCGGUAUUUUCCGUGGUCUCAAGGUAAAAGGGGCGCAAGAUUUGGGCGCUGUGGGUGUGGUUAUCUAUUCAGACCCUCAAGAAGAUGGUGAUAUUACGGAGUUGAAUGGGUAUGAAGCAUACCCUGCUGGACCUGCUAGGAACCCUAGCGCGGUUCAAAGAGGCAGUGUUCAAUUUCUCAGUAUUAUGCCAGGUGACCCAACCACUCCCGGAUACGCAUCGAAGCCUGGCGUCGAGCGACAGCCUCCAGAGCACUCUAUCCCAUCCAUUCCAUCUAUCCCCAUCUCAUACACCGACGCAUUACCGCUGUUAAAAGCUCUCAAUGGCCACGGUCCAAAGGCAGCUGAUUUCAAUGACUUCUGGCAAGGAGGCGGCUUAGCCCAUAAGGGCGUUGACUACAACAUCGGACCUACUCCCGACGAUGUGGUUAUCAACCUCCACAAUCAUCAAGACUACGUUACAACUCCUUUGUGGAACGUGAUUGGCGUUAUCACGGGCACCAUUCUGGACGAGGUUGUCAUUUUAGGUAAUCAUCGUGACGCUUGGGUUGCAGGCGGUGCUGGUGAUCCCAACAGUGGCUCAGCAGCGCUCAACGAGGUUGUGAGAGGCUUUGGUGAAGCUCUCAAGGCGGGAUGGAAGCCUCUCCGAACAAUUGUAUUUGCCAGCUGGGACGGCGAGGAGUACGGUCUAGUUGGAUCUACCGAGUGGGUGGAGGAGAACUUGCCAUGGCUUAAUGUCGCAAAUGCGGUUUAUAUCAAUGUUGAUGUAGCCUCAUGCGGUCCUGUGUUUAAAGUCGAUGGCAGCCCCCUACUCAACAAGGCUGUCCACGAAGUCACAAGCACGGUCCAGUCUCCCAAUCAGACGGUCAAGGGCCAGUCGGUUUUGGAUGCCUGGGGCGGCUACAUUGCUUCUCUUGGUAGUGGAAGCGACUACACCCCUUUCCAGGAAUUCGCUGGCAUCCCUAGUGUCUCUUUCGGAUUCGUUGGAGGAAAAACCGAUGCGGUCUACCAUUACCAUUCCAACUACGACAGCUUCGACUGGAUGAAGCGCUUUGGUGACCCUGGCUGGAAAUACCACGUCACCGCCGCCAAAAUCUUCUCACUGCUCGGUGCCUACUUUUCUGAAAAGCCGGUCUUGGCCUUCAAUGCUACGGAUUAUGCUAUCAACCUCCAGAAAUAUGUGGAUAAAAUCAGGCCGCACGCAGACAACCUUCCCAAGAAGGUCCAUUUCAGUUUUGAACCAUUGGAACAAGCAAUUGCCGGCUUCUAUGAUGCAGCUGUUGAGUUCGACGCAUACGCAGCCAAAGUUGGAUCUGAAUUGGGCCAGGAAGUGCCAUGGUACCACUGGUGGAAGAAGCUACAGCUCUGGUACAAGGUUCGUGCAAUCAACACUAAAUACAAGACUUUGGAAAGGAAGUUCCUUUACGAGGCUGGCUUGGAUGGACGAAGCUGGUAUAAACAUGUUGUUUUUGCUCCGGGUCUAUGGACCGGGUACGCUGGAGCGACUUAUCCGGGUUUGGUUGAGAGCUUGGAUGAUGGUAAUGUUACGAAUGCGGUGAGAUGGAGCGAGAUUAUCCGGGAACGACUUGGUAUGGCGACUAAGCUGAUUGAAUAA